CACAGCCCACAAAAGACAUCCUUCUUUCCAAAUGGGGAAAUAAAGCAAUCCCAUGUAUUAUGGAACACAUUUGUUCCUGUCUUUAUUGUUCUUUCGUGUCACCUUCAAGAGAAAACUGUUUAUACAAAGUUUGGUUUGGAUUCCAUGCCUACUGAGCCCAGGUGGAGAAAAUGGGAAAAGUGAACAUCUGUUUGAAAUGGAGCUCCAUUUGUGUGAUAGCUGUGAUUGCAGUUAUCAGUAUCCUGUUGUUGGGAUUGGCUCUUCUUCUUCAUGGAUUCUUACUCUAUGAUGAACAGGCAGAGGAUGCCAUUAUGGGGGUGCAUUUCUUGUAUGGGUUUACUUCGGUAACUCUGAUCCUUGCCCUAUUUGGUGGUUUUGGUGCCUUGAAACAAAAGAAAUGGGCAUUGAUAGUGUUUAUAAUUGGAAUGACUUCAGGCUGUCUGGUCAUGGUUGUGAAUGAAAUUCUGACUCAGGCAGUGAAAACCAAGCUGGAAAAUCACAUUAGGAAUCACUACCUAAACAUCUUGCCUCAAACUAAUGCCACUAAAAGUGAUUUAGCUGUCCUUGAUUAUGCACAGCGCAAUUUACAGUGCUGUGGAGUGGAACAGGGUUACAUGGAUUGGAAAAACAACAUUCCAGAAUCUUGCCUGUGUAACAGCAAGUCCACAAAUCUGUGUGUGGUUGCUCCAAAAGGCAGUUACCAAUUUACAGUGGAAGGUAGUGUGGAAGACCAGUCCGUCAUGAUUUACGCAAAGCCUUGUCUUUCAAUCAUUAUUGCAGAAAGCAUGUUUCACCUUAAUGUACAGUCCGGCAUAAAGGUGGGAUUCAUAUUGUUAUGGAUGUUGUCAAUAGGGUUGUGCAUUGCCAUUCUGUGUCAAAUGAAUAAGAAGCUGGAAACCCCUGCUGUGGUCUACAGUAAGGAAGCAAAAGCAGGAAACUACAGUUGUCUCAUAGAGCCUCCCAACUCUUGCACUGACUGAUUUCUCUGCUUUUAUUCAUUUUUCUGCUGCACAUGACUGCAGAGGUAACCAUGCCAACAUGUUUAAUGCUGUGUAAAAUUAAACCAAUAUCAGAUUUGCUGACAUUGUUUAUACAAAACAAAUUAAAAAUGUGUGAAAUGUCACAUCUUUGACAAUCUGAUGUAAAACCAAAUCCAUUAUAGGAAAUAAACAGUAUUAUAUUGUGGCAACCCCCCAUAUUCUGGCUUCAAGUUUUUAUUAGUUAUCUAAUGCAGACCUGAUAAUCUUCAUUUCAAUGGAAGAAAAACAUUAUUUGAAUACAUGUUAGACUUGCCUGUUGCACUGUUUUUCAGAUAGAGGAGGGAGAUAUUUGAAAGUUAAAAGUUUUUUGUGAAAUCUUUAGUUAUUGUAAUCUUUGUUGAUUAGUUGUUGUAGUCUUACCUAUACAACUUGAUGUUUUAGGGUUUCUAAAUCUGAAGUGUGACAUGCAUUUGUUUUCAGCCCUACUUCUAAAUAAAAUCCAGCACAAACAACUA